GUCAACGCGACAAUCUUCAGUCAUCACUCAGCAUCACUGAUAAAAACAUGCAAUUUUUUAUUUAAUUGCCUAUAUACGGUUGUUAAUUGUGACGCAACUACCGUAAUAAAUUCAGGAUGUUAUCACAGCAGCCAUUAGCAGUUAGCAUUACUGCGGUAAUUGUGUUCGCUUCGCUUGUCACUGCUCUUUAUUACCCGAGAUUUCCGCGAGGUACUGUUCAGGAAGACUACUUUGGAACUACUGUUCAUGAUCCGUACCGUUGGUUGGAGGACACUGAUGCCGAAGCAACGAAAUCUUUUGUAGACGCCCAAAAUGAUCUUUCUCAACGGUACUUCAAACAAUGUCCAUUUAGGAAGCAACUCAGACAUAGACUAAAAGGCUUUAAGGGCUACAGUAACAUCGAUAUGCCAAAAAGGCAUGGAAAAUAUUAUUUCCUGUACGAUAGUGACGGUCAAGAUCAAGACGUCUUGUACGUGCGCGAUACUUCGAAUGGUGAUAAGACGAAUUGGCGAGACCUGCUAGAUCCUAAUACAUUCUCUGAAGAUGGAACAGUUGCCCUAACAGACACUCAGAGUUUUUCCGCUGACGGUGAAAUAUUCGCAUAUGGAAUCUCUGUUAGUGGCUCUGACUGGCGAACAGUACACUUCCUAAAUGUAUCCACUCGAACGAUUCUGGACGACGUUCUGAUCAAAGUGAAAUUCACAGUACUGGUGUGGAAGGGUAAUGAGGGCAUAUUUUACGGGAACUAUCCAGAUUUUGAAGGAAAUCCAGAGGGAUCUGAUACUGGAACAAACGAAAAUCAAAAAAUUAGUUAUCAUAGAAUAGGUACGCCCCAGAGUGAGGAUGUCAUCGUUGUUGAGUUCCUUGACAAGCCAAAAAAUGUGAUAAACAACAUGCGAAUGACAAGAAACGAAGAAUAUCUGAUAGUAACACUGGAUUCAUCGGCAACUGACGGAGUACCUUGGGACUACACUGCUGUAUAUUAUGUUGAUUUAGCUGGUAAUAAUCCAUCUAAUUGGCGGACCCGGCCUUUGGUGGAACAGUUUAACGCUGCAUACACUUUCGUUACGGAUGUGAGUGGAAUUUGGUAUUUUCUAACAAAUUUAAAUGCUACCAGAUACAAGAUUGUCGGCAUUCGACUGUCGUCUCCCGACCCUGCAUCGUGGACGACGUUGAUUGAAGAAGAUGAGGAAAAUAUUUUGUAUUGGGCAGCGCCUAUUAAUGGGGAAUACGUGCUACUACAUUACUUGGAAAAUGUAUCGAGUAAAUUGGUUCUUCGCUCUCUGAUCCAAGGCAAUACAUUCACGAAAAACAUUGACAUUGAGAAAGGAGCUGUGAUCUCAUAUGCGGGUAAUAUCGAUGACUCAAUAAUUUUCAUUAAAUUUGAAUCGUUUUUCGUGCCCAAUCGAAUAUAUAAACUCGAUUUCGCUACUCCGGUCUCGGAUAUUCAGUUAGAGAUUUAUGAUGAUGUAAAAAUGUCGGGAUUCGUUCCUGCAUUAUACAAAGUCAAGCAAGUCUGGUAUACCAGUAAAGAUGGAACACGAGUGCCCAUGUACAUCAUGCACAAAAAGGAUCUUGUGCUGAACGGAAGCUCACCGACAAUGUUGGUCGGUUAUGGUGGCUUUGGUGUAAAUGUUCUUCCCGAAUUUGCAAUUUUUCGUAUUGUAUUCAUGAAUGUCUUUGAUGGUGUUGUGGCUAUCGCCAAUAUUCGUGGGGGAUGCGAAUUUGGUAGUGCCUGGCACACGGGCGGUAGUUUAUUAAACAAACAAAAUUCAUUCGAUGACUUUCAUGCGGCUGCAGAGUAUCUAAUUGCUGAAAACUAUACAUCACCUUCAAAAAUGAUUAUUGAAGGGCGGUCAAAUGGAGGUCUGUUGGUUGCAGCGUGUGUCAAUCAAAGACCUGAAUUAUUCGGAGCUGCCAUUGUUAAUGUUGGUGUCUUGGAUAUGCUGCGUUACGACAAGUUCACAAUUGGACAUACUUGGGUGCCCGAAUAUGGAAGCCCCAACGAUCCAGUCCAUUUUCCGAAUAUCUACAACUAUUCACCACUUCAUAACAUCCUAUUCCCAACUGUGGCCGGUACUCAAUAUCCGGCAAUAUUAGUAAUGGCAAGCGACCAUGACGAUCGUGUUGUUCCUAGUCACUCUUACAAAUACAUCGCCGAAUUGCAGUAUAAGAUUGGAUCAAACAAAGGCCAGUCGCAACCAUUACUCCUUCGGGUAGAAACUGAUGCCGGGCAUGGCGGAGGAUUGCCUUCAUCAAAAUUACUUGCUUAUUCUGUGGAUUGGCUUUCAUUUCUAAUUGAAUCUCUUGAUUUAAGUUUCGAAGGACAGAAAGCUCAUGACAGUAGUAGUUGUGGUGGGAAUGUUCACUAUUCGAUUAUUAUAACGUUUCUGACUAUGUCGGUGGCUUUAUGGUAGUCGAAGCAGCUAUGCCUUAUAUAUAGUUGUACAUUUUCAGAUUAAUAAAAUUGUCA